AUGCUGCAUGCUGGCGGCGUGCUGCGGCGCGGCCCGGGGCCCGUCGUGGGCUACGGCCUGGGCUACGGCGGCAGCUACAGCGGCUACAACUUGCACCCCGGACGCGGGCCCCACCCCGGAGCGAGCCCCGGCCACCGUCUGCAGCAGCCGCGCCUCCUGGGCAACUCGCUGGGCGACGCCAUCGAGAGCGUCGCCUUCCUGCCGCUCACGGUCAACGUCCCCGACGUGCUCUCCUCCAUGGCGAGCGGCGUCACCUCCCUCAUGGGCCAGGCACUGUCCUUCGUGCUGCCGUCGUCCGACCCCACGCAGCCGCGCCGCCCCAAGCCCAAGCCCACGACGGCCAAGCCCGGCGUCAAGCCCUACGCCAAGCCCGGCGAGCAGCCUGCCGUCAAGCCGGGUGUCAAGCCUCCUGUCAGGACCCCGGCCAAGCCGACAGCCAAGCCCGGUUUCCAGCCGCCGGCCGUGGGGCACGCCCCGCUCAGGAAGAAGAAGCCGACGCCGCAGCUCGUCAACAAGCCCGUCAAGAAGCCGCUGAGGACGCAGCCGCAGUCCAAGCCUCGGCCGACUGCCCCCACGAACACCAUUCCCAAUAGGAAGCCCUCCACCGCGGCCCUGACCACGCCGACGACCGCCCCGCCCACGACAACCUCCGCUGCCACCGCCCCCACGACGACGACCACCACCUCCACCACCACAGCGCCGUCCACGCUAGCGCCGGUCUUGACCACGGCGGCGCCGACCUCGAACACUCUCGCCAUCACCAAGCCGUUGGUCGCCUCCAGCCCCAGGCCGUCGACCGCCAGCUCGCACUCCAAGCCCUCCGUCAGCACCGCGCCCGCCUUCGUCACGAGGCCCAGCAAGAGGCCGAGGCCACCGUCAGACAGCUUGAGGCCCGCAGCAAGCAGCGCCGUGCCGAGGCCACCCGCGCCGAGCACCGCCAUCACCAAGCCGGCGGCGGUCUCCACGUCCAGCCUGACGCAGAGCACUGCCGGCAGCCAAAGGCCGGCAGCGCACACCGCGGGGAGCAGGCCCACCCCGGCCUACACCACCCAGGCCACCCAGGCCACCCAGGCCACCCAGGCCACCCAGGCGACCACGACCGUCGCCACCAGCACGCUCAAGCCGGCCACGGUGAGCAACGUGGUGCAGAAGCCAGCGACAGUCGUCAGCCUCGCGCCCAAGCCGACGACGACCAGCACCAGCCAACCGCCGGCCACCAUCCCGAGCCAAAAGCCGGGCGGCGUCACCCAGGUCACCCCACUGGCAAACCAGAAUCAGGUCGGGCCGAAACCAGCUCGGAAACCCGCCAAGCCCGCCAAGCCCGGCAACGCCAACGCCACCACGGCCAAGAGGCCCGCCAAGAAGAAGCCUCCCAAAAGCGCGGCGCCGACGCGGCAGCCGGACAGGCAGCCCGACAGGCAGCCGACCAGUGACGUCAAGAAGAAGAAAAAGAAGCCGGGGAGGAGAAAGACUGGUUCGAACCGACGGAGGGACGCCGUAACGGAAAUCGCUGUUACAACGUUCUAG